AUGGCUGAGGCUGUGCUUGAACUUGUGCUUCACAAUUUGAACUCACUCAUUCAGAAGAACCUGACUUUGUUUCUUGGUUUUAAUCGAGACUUUGAAACUCUUUCCAGUAUGCUGACAACAAUCAAGGCUACUCUUGAAGAUGCUGAGGAGAAACAAUUCGCUGACAGAGCUAUCAAGGAUUGGCUGCUUAAGCUCAAAGAUGCUGCUCAUGUCCUCGACGACAUCUUGGACGAGUGUGCCACUCAAGUGUUGGAGAUGGAGUGCAAAGAACUGUCACACAAGGUACAAAGCUCUUUCUUAUUCUCUUUUCAUCCAAAGCAUGUUGCUUUCCGUUACAAAAUUGCUAAGAAAAUGAAGAACAUACGAGAGAGGUUAGAUGAAAUAGCAGAAGAAAGAAGUAAGUUUCAUUUGACUCGGAUAGUGAGAGAGGAGAGAAGUGGAGUCCUUGACUGGCGUCAAACCACCUCAAUCAUUUCUCGACCUCAAGUCUACGGAAGAGACGAGAGUAAGGAAAAAGUUCUAGAGUUUUUGGUUGGUGAUGGAUCUCAAUUGGACGACUUAUCGGUCUAUCCGAUUGUAGGCCUUGGUGGGCUAGGUAAAACAACACUUGCCCAACUCGUCUUCAAUCAUGAGAGGAUUGUCAACCACUUUGAGCUUAGGAUUUGGGUGUGUGUUUCGGAUGAUUUUAGCUUGAAAAGGAUGACUAAAGCCAUCAUAGAAUCAGCAACUAAGAAGGCUUGUGAGGAUUUGGAUAUGGAGCCACUACAAAUAAGACUUCAAGAUCUAUUGCAAAGAAAAAGAUAUUUGCUUGUUUUAGAUGAUGUGUGGAACGAGAAACAAGAGAAAUGGCAAACAUUGAGAUCUAUGUUGGCUUGUGGGGGAAAGGGUGCUUCAAUCAUGGUCACUACUCGUCUUGCAAAGGUAGCUGAAAUUAUGGGAACAAUGCCUCCUUAUGAAUUAUCAACGUUAUCUGACAUAGAUUGUUGGGAAUUGUUCAAACAACGAGCUUUUGGACCAAAUGAGGUGGAAAGGGCAGAGCUUGUGGUCAUAGGGAAGGAGAUACUGAAGAAGUGUGGGGGAGUGCCUCUUGCGGCAAUAGCACUAGGAAGUCUGUUGCGUUUUAAAAGAGAGGAAAAUGAGUGGUUGUAUGUCAAGGAAAGUAAACUAUGGAGUUUACAAGAUGAAGAUUGUGUCAUGCCUGCCUUGAGACUAAGUUACUUGAAUUUGCCAGUGAAAUUGAGGCAAUGUUUUGCCUUUUGUGCUCUAUUUCUCAAAGAUGAAAGAAUAAGUAAGAAGUUUCUAAUUGAGCUUUGGAUAGCUAAUGGCUUUAUUUCAUCUAAUGAAAUGUUGAACGAGGAAGAAAUUGGCAAUGGGGUGUGGAAUGAAUUAUAUUGGAGAUCAUUUUUCCAAGAUAUUGAGACUGAUAUAUAUGGCAAAAUUACAAGUUUCAAGAUGCAUGAUCUUGUUCAUGAUCUUGCUCAAUCUUUUUCAGAUGAGGUAUGCUGCAUUUUAGAUGGCGAUGGCAUGCCUAGUACUUCUGAAAGAAUCCGCCAUCUAUCAUUUUAUCGUGGGGGUUCAUUUAGGGGAGUCAAUUUAGUCCGGUUGCGUAGCAUCAAAUCAUUGAAGACUUACACAAUACCAGGGGUUGAUGGUAACAGACUUUUACCUCAUAUAUUGAAAUUUUAUUCUUUACGGGCUCUUGAUUUGAAACUUAUUAAAGAAGUUCCGUUUUCAAUUGGUCAUUUAAAAUAUCUAAGGUAUUUGAAUCUUUCUUCGGGUGACUUCGAAACUCUUCCAGAAUCCAUAUGUAAGUUGUGGAAUUUGCAAAUUUUGAUAUUAGAUAAAUGUUAUAAACUCCAAAAGUUGCCUAAUAAUUUGAUACGCUUGAAAGCUCUACAACAUCUAUCAUUGAAUUUAUGCGAGAAACUAUCAAACGUACCUCCCCAAAUAGGGAAGUUGACUUCCCUAAGGACUUUGAGCAUGUAUGUAGUUGGCAAAAAAAGAGGGUUCCUUCUGGCAGAAUUAGGACAGCUAAGUCUUAAAGGAGAACUUCACAUCAAGCACCUUGAGAGAGUGAAAACUGUAACGGAUGCUAAAGAAGCCAAUAUGUUCCGUAAGCACUUAAACCAUUUGUGGCUGUCGUGGAAGAGAACUGAAGAGUCCCAAUUGCAGGAAAAUGAUGAGCAAAUACUUGAAGUUCUUCAACCUGAUAUCCACGUGCUUCAAGAAUUGGGUGUGGAAGGAUAUACAGGUGUCCAUUUCCCACAAUGGGUGUUUAAUCCUUCUCUCAAAGAUUUACGGUGUGUAUAUCUCAAGGAUUGCCAAAGUUGUUUACACCUUCCACAGUUGGGGAAACUACCUUACCUAAAGGAACUAUCUGUAUCCAACAUGAGUCGCAUAAAAUACUUAGACGAGGAGUCCUAUGAUGGUGGAGUUGUGGCUUGUUUUAUAGCACUAGAACAUCUGUCAUUGGAGAAGCUGCCAAACUUGAUAAGGAUAUCAAGGGAGAAUAGAGAAAAUAUGUUCCCGCAACUCUCUGCACUUGUAAUUAUUGAAUGUCCUAGUUUGUUGGGCUUUCCUUCCCUUCCAUCUCUCAAUUAUAUGUGUAUACAAGGAAAAUGCAACCAAGAUUUACUAAGUUCAAUUCAUAAACAUGAUAGUCUUGAAUCGCUUGUGUUCUACAAUAAUGAAGAGCUAACAUGUUUUCCAAUUGGUAUGCUAAGAAACCUCAUUUCUCUCAAGUCAUUGAUGAUUUGGAGUUGGUCAGAAAUAGAAGUUUUGGAUGAGGCUUUACAACAUAUGACUGCCCUUGAAUCGUUAAUAUUGAGGGAUCUUCCAAACCUAACAUCCUUGCCUGAAUCGUUAGGAAACCUAGGUUUUCUCCGUGACUUCAGAAUUUCUAAUUGUCCGAAGUUGACAUGUCUUCCAAUAAGCAUUCAAAGCCUUACUGGUCUGGAGAGUUUGGGAAUUUACAGCUGCAGUGAAUUAGAGAAACGAUGUGAAGAGGAAAAGGGUGAGGAUUGGCCAAAAAUAGCUCAUGUUCAAAAUCUUGAAAUACGAAACACCAGAUUGAUCUUCUGA